CCCUCUGUCCCCCCUUCCCCCCUUACCCUGUCAUUUGCUCUAUGUUUAAUUUGGUUAGAAGAUUUGCGUUUGGGUGUGUGGGAGGUAAAUUAGCACGAUGAAUGGAAUACGAGGAUUUACACCAAUGUUCAUCCCGACAGUCAAUACCUUUUUUAGGAAAAAUGUAAAUAAUUUUGCCAACACGACUAUGGUUGCCACUAAAAGGCUUCUUCCCACCCUGACUUCAAUCGCAGGUCUCCGCACCCAUUCAGUUGUCAAGAGAACUGCCCAGCCUUUUCCCAAAGCAGCCCCUCAUCAACAAACUGUGGUUGACAAAACAGAAGAGGAAGUUAGUGCGAUUGAAGAAGUAAUUUCCAAAGUUAAUCAUCAAAUAAGUAAUAAAAGCCACGGCAGAUUAUUUGCCGUGAUUCAACUAUUUAAUAGGCAGUGGAAAAUAACCCCUGAAGAUGUUUUGGUCAUAGAAGGCUAUUGGCCUCCUAAUAUUGGCGACACCAUUCGACUAGAGAAGGUCUUAUUGGUGGGGUCUUCUGACUUUUCCCUUGUUGGGAUGCCUCUUCUUCGACCAGACUUAGUUAAUAUUCAAGCAACUGUCAUAGAGAAGCGAUUAUCACAUACCAAAACAAAUUUUAAGAAGAUAAUGAGGAAGCAAUAUCAAAGAAUCCACUUUUUCAGGUUUCAGCAGACUAUGAUCAGAAUCAAUUCAAUUGAGCUGACGAGCCGCAUUGAUGAGAAGAAAGACAUUGAAGGGCUUGAAGGCAGAGUCUUUUAAAUAUUGAAUGUACAUCCUCUUAUUUCUAGUUGACUGGCAAUUAAAAAUUUGGUUUCCGUUUACUAA